CUGGGCCUGUCCGAGCCCCGAGCACUGCUCCAAGGGCAAAUGCGCCCUCAACCCAGGCAGAUGUUUGAAGGACAAGGACUGCCCCAAGUACAUGUCUUGUUCUGACACUCACUGCUUCCCCCAUUCCAAAAAUGGCCGUCGUGACUUCGAGGACUCCGAUGGCUCUGAUGUCGCCGACGCUGUUACCAACGCUAUCAAUGAGGACGAGCAUCCUGGACUGCCUGGUGCCUCAAAUGAGGCUGAGAUUCCUGCUAGUCAGUUCAAGGCUACCUGUGUCAAUAAUACCGAUUGCUCCUCGAAUGAGGUAUGCUCUCGUGGUCACUGCACCCUCAAGGUUGGCAGAUGCUGGGAAACCCGCGACUGCAAUCGGCGCCAGCACUGCAUCAAUACCUUCUGUUAUCCUCCCGGUCGCGUGAGCCGUCGUGCGUCUGCUGACGAGGCUAUACCCACGACUCCCGCUCCCCUCGAGGGCUCCGACGAGAGCGUGAUCGACCAGACUGAAGAGAUCGAGACUGACGAUGACAUGGAUGUGUCGCCUAUUGACCAGGACACGCUGUUGAAUCUCGUGACUACUGCGGGAAAGAAGGGCAACAAGUGCCGUCGUCGCUGUCGCUAUCAUACAGAUUGCUGCCCCGGCGAUGCCUGCUGGAACAUGCGCAUUUGCCUUGGUCCUCAUAAGGGAGGUUGA